ACUAUCAUACUAGAGACGUGUGAUAUACACUUCUCUGAUCAUACCAAGACAGUAGGAAGCGGACAAUAAAACUAUUCCUUUAACAUCAGACGCCGGUGGUCGGCCACUUUAUCAUCUGACAUCAUUGUGCCGACUUCGACGCCCGUCAUGCUCGUCGUGUAUAUAUUGAAUUUGGAGUAUAAAUUGGGUUAAACAGUUACGUCUAAUCUCUAGAAUAACUCAAUUCAAUGAGAAGUCACUAUAAAACCAUGCAUUGAUCGAAAAUGUACCCGGAGGAAGAGCUGGUCCAUAUUCUUCGUCUGACAUUUUUAGUGUGUUUCUUAACUCACACUUUGUUGUGCAUCGCCGCCAUAUUUGGAGAAAUACCGAAAUAAUUAUAAAAGCUGAUUCAUGAAUGGUUCGAUCCUGAAAUGUUAACCAAUCAAAUACUCCGAUACAGACUACUUCCGGUGUUAUACUUCCGGUAUUGCACACGUGUGUAUCGUAAACAAACUACCUGAAUUUUGUUAUUUUAAAAACUGCCAUGCCGAAGAAUAAAGGGGGAGGAGGAGGUGGUGGAAAAGGUGGAAAGGGGGGCUCAAAGGGAGCUGAAGGUGGUGGAGGUGAAAAGGAGAAGAAAGGCGGAACCGCUGUUAAAGUGAGGCAUAUUCUAUGUGAAAAACAGUCAAAGAUUUUAGAGGCAAUGGAGAAAUUAAAAAGUGGGACAAAGUUCAAUGAGGUGGCAACUAAUUACAGUGAAGAUAAAGCAAGGCAAGGGGGCGACCUUGGCUGGAUGACCCGUGGUAGUAUGGUGGGGCCGUUUCAGGAGGCGGCCUUUGCCCUGCCGAUCAGUUCCCUAGGCAAUCCUAAUUACACUGACCCACCAGUGAAGACAAAGUUUGGCUAUCACAUCAUCAUGGUUGAGGGAAAGAAAUGACAAUUUUAUAUUUUUAUGUUCAAUACUGCAUGUAUUUUAGCUGAUGUAAAUUGGGUUUAUUUCCAGAUGAAUUGAAGAGCUAUACUUUUUUGACAUUUGUGUUUUUGAAUGGCAGAUGUAUGCAACCUUAUAUAUAUAUAUUUACCUGCUAUCUUCAUGGAUAUUCAAUUCAACAAGUUAAGUUUUCUGUCUUCGUUGAAUAGAUGUUGGUUUUUUACUGGAAGUGUUCAAAUAUUUGUAUAAGGAACUACAUGCUUCUGAUUCUGGUUAGUAUUUAUAGAAAAAAAAAUAGCCCCUACAUGUAGUAGGAGCAGGGACUAAUAUCUUUUUCCCAUAAAUGAUUUCCAGAAGGAGACGCCUGUGAAGAAACUAAGGAUAUAUUUCCAUUUCUAUAAAACAAAUUGCACCAACAUAAGAUGCUUGGUAACCUUCUAUAUGGUUUAAAGAUUGUCAUAAAGAGAGAUCUUCUCUACUCUCUUUGAGAAUGUCAUACAACAAUGUAAUGCUUUGUAUGUACUGCCUGGUUAGCUUAUAAAUCUGAAUAGUAUGGAUUUGUUUACAAACAUGUACAUGUAGUACAUUUACACCCGUGAUAUCUAUUUGUUGUUCCUUAUUGUUCUUCCUCAACUAAGAAUUUAAAAUCCUGUUGUAAAAGAUUAAAUACAUGUACAGAAACAAGUGUAUUAGGAAAGGUUGUAAUGUCCAAUGUAACGAAAUGAUUUCUAAAACGGUCCCUCCAUGUUGAGGUUAUGUAUACAUGUGAUAUCGGAUGUGGUUAUACAAGACAGUAUACUCAAUAACUCAAUUACAUUUCUCUUAUUAAACUGGAUGAAUAUGAUGAAUGUGUUUUCUUUGAGAUCAAGUCCGUAGUAUUAAUACCUUACUACUGUAUAUUGUGUCAGUAAGAUAGAAAAUUUCUCGUAUGGGAUGGAAAAUGACACAAGUAAAUAAAAGACAAAUUCCA